AUGUCAAUUGUGAGGCGUUUGUGGCAGCGAAUAUUGAAACCAACAUAUUUUGUUGGAAAGGACAUGGAAGGGAACAAGUACUUUGAGUAUCCAAACGCGAACAAUGGACGUUCCAAACGAACAGUGAAAUACAGGAAAAGUGAAGACAUGUGGGCGUACGUUGCUAGUGGCAAGCGCCUCCCAGUGCAAUGGUCAUCAUGGCUGACGCAUACUAGGUCGGAUCCGCCGAGCAUGGGGGAAUUACAAGCGGAUCUAGCGCGUCAACAACGGGUUAAGUUGAAUGCAGCGAUUCUGGAAGCGAAAGAUGAAGCAGAAAGAGCCAUUAGGGAACGACUAGAAGCACCCAGCCACCAUUCUGAAGUUGAGAUGCAGUCUCGGAACGUGACUAUAGAACAAAAACUGCAAUCGCCAGAAUCCGAUCGACGACCAAAAGCGCAGACACGGGAUCCUUGGGCAGAGGCAUUGAAAGGAUCUGAUGAACCUCGAUCAUGGACACCUAUGGCUCGUAAAAGGUAG